CAGACUUGCAAAAUCGUUGUUCCAACAGGGACGAAUUCCAGUUUUUGGCUUUUCUCAUAGUUUCUCAACACGUCUCAGAUUUUCACUCUGUAAGCAUUGGAAGGUAUAGCCCAUUUGAAAAUGAGCAUAGAGGCUGGUGUUCAGAAUCGUGAACGAGAAGCGUUCAAUUUGAAAAAAUUGCCCGAAUUUAUGAGCUUGUGUGUUUAUAUUUUGAAAAGAAAAAUUUGGAGAGUGCAAACAAUAUUCGUGAUUCCAAUAAUAAUGCUUGUGGUUUUGCUGUUAAUAUUAGUCCAUUAUGAUGCUCGUUUGCGCACAUCACUUCGUCACAAAGAUUUUCAUGAAAUACAGAUUUCCUAAGUAUUAUGACGAUAGCCUGCGAACCGGAUGGAAUUUCAAAAUAGCCAAACACUACGAUGAGAAAUUUUUCUUGCGAAAAUGGGUCGAUCCAUUUACAUAUAAACGGAUAAAUCGAUUGCGUCCUAGACCUGGCGACAAUGGAUCGGCAUUUGUUGUUCCAUUUGAAGAAUUGAAACCAUUGAUGAUGGAACUGCAGAAGAAACACAAUUACAAUGUGUUGGCUUCGAACAUGAUUCCGUUGCGUCGAAAUCUACCUGAUCUACGUUAUUCAGAAUGUUUGGAUUUGUCCUAUCCGGAGCGGCUUCCAACGACAAGUGUCGUUAUCAUUUUUUACAAUGAAGCAUUGAAUACUCUGAUGCAAACUGUUUGGAGUGUUAUCGACCGAUCGCCACGGCAAUUACUUGCGGAGAUAAUAUUAGUUGAUGAUUUCAGUACGGAAAAAACGUUGAAAGAACCACUGGACAGCCGUAUCAUACAACUUCCGGUCAAUGUGGAAGUCAUAAGGAAUGAGAAGAGAGAAGGUCUGAUACGCUCCAGGUUGAUUGGCGCCAAAGAAGCUAUUCUUGGACUCACACACCGAGUGUACUGAUGGGUGGCUACAUCCGAUUCUCGCUCGCAUCGCUUCUGA